AUGGAGAAGUCGUCUGAGCAACCAUUUUAUCAGCUUGUUCUUAUACGUAAUGGAGAGAGCGAUUUCUCAAAAAAUAACCUUUUCUGUGGAUGGACAGAUUCCGAUAUUUCAUACAAGGGUGAAUGCCAAUCCAAGGAUGCUGGCAAACUUUUAGUGAAAAGGGGUGUUGAAUUUGAUAUUGCAUUUACGAGCUUUCUGAGACGAGCUGUUAAAACUUGCCACCUAAUAUUAGAACAAAUGGGACUCCUUUGGAUUCCAAUUCACAAGCAAGCAAGAUUUGGUGGCUGUAAUAAGUCUAAAUUGGCUUUGCAACAUGGAGACGACCAAGUUCGCAUUUGGCGAAGAGAGUACAAUGGUACGCCACCAGCCCUCAGUCGAGAUGCGAAACAGCAUCCUAUUUUCGAAUCAAAAUACGCUCUUCUUGAUGAAACGACUAUUCCGGAUACUGAAUGCCUUCGCGAUGCAUAUGAGCGCCUAUUACCAUUUUGGAAUGAUGAAAUUGUACCAGCGAUUAAGGAGGGCAAUCGAGUUCUGGUUGUUGCACACGGAAGCACGCUUCGAGCCCUAAUGAAGUUUCUCGACCACGUUCCCGACGAGGACAUCGUUGACAUUAAUAUCCCGCCGUGUAUCCCUUUGGUUUAUGACUUCGACGAGCAUAUGACACCCAUCCGACACUACUGCUUGAGGGACGAUGAAGCUGUAGCAAGUGCCAUUCAGACGGCCAUUAACGAGACGAAGUUGGAUCCGCACCCGUGUAUUUAG